AUGACGGCCUCACUCGGUAAAGAUGGCCUCACAUUUCGGACUCAGUCCGCUACCGACGAGGAGAAUACACUCCAGACGGAAUCGGCAGAAUCAAACAAUGCUUUGGUAGCCCCGUUGAAGAGAAAGCUGCAGUCGCGGCAUCUGCAGAUGAUUGCAAUUGGGGGGAUUAUUGGACCGGGAUUGCUGGUGGGUUCCGGAAAUGCACUUAGCAAAGGUGGUCCAGCAGGCUGUUUGAUCAGCUUUGGAUUGGUCGGUAUCAUCGUUUUUUUUGUUAUGCAAUCGCUGGGUGAAAUGGCCACGGCCAUCCCCGUAUCGGGAUCGUUUACCGAGUAUGCAGAGCGCUUUGUGGAUGACUCGCUUGCUUUUGGCCUCGGAUGGGCAUAUUGGUAUCUAUGGGUGACGAUCCUUGCGAACGAAUACAAUGCGAUUUCCCUGGUGAUUGGAUUCUGGACUGACGCCGUACCUCAAUGGGCCUGGAUUAUUAUUUUCUGGUUUCUGUUCCUUGGUCUUUCCAACCUGGGUGUCUUGGCAUACGGUGAAAUGGAGUUUUGGUUGUCAUUAAUCAAGGUUUUAGCGCUCAUCGCAUUCUUUAUUUUAGCUAUCUGCAUCAGCACGGGUGGUGUAGGACCACAUGCAAUUGGUUUCAAGUACUGGCAUGAUCCGGGAGCCUUCGCAGAUUCUAUCAACGGUGUUGCAAAAACCUUCGUUGUUGCAGGCACACUGUAUGCGGGAACAGAGAUGGUCGGCAUUACUGCUGGAGAAUCGUCGGAUCCCCAAAAAGCUGUCCCUACCGCCAUCCGUCAAGUGUUCUGGCGAAUCCUAAUCUUCUACAUCGGAACGAUGUUCUUUAUUGGGAUACUCCUCCCGUACAACGAUAAGCGGCUUCUCGGUGCGAGCUCAAAUGCAGCCAACUCUCCGUUGACAAUCGCGCUCCAAGAUGCCGGUAUCCUCCCGGCGGCUCAUUUGAUCAACGCUCUGAUCGUAAUCAGCGUCAUAUCCGCCGGGAACAGUUCUUUAUAUGUUGCAUCCCGAACGCUUCUAUUCAUGGCGCGUAACCGCAAGGCCCCUCGGAUUAUCGGGCGCACCAAUUCUGCUGGCGUACCCUGGGUGGCUCUCAUCUUUUCGAAUAUGUUCACUUGCAUCGUAUUCCUAACUCUUUCGUCGAGUGCGGGCAAGAUUUACUCUGCCCUGAUCACUCUGUCAGGAGUGGCGACAUUCAUCGUCUGGGCCUUCAUUAGUCUCGCUCAUAUCCGAUUCCGACAGGCAAUAGCCGCUCAAGGGGAUGAUCCCGCGAAACUUCCGUUCCGGGCAACACUCUAUCCUUAUGGAACGUACUUUGCACUGGCGGCAAAUAUCUUCCUCAUCUUUUUUCAGGGGUAUACGGCAUUCUUGAACCCGUUCAGCGUGGACGACUUUGUGAUUAAUUACAUCCUACUUCCGGUGUUUGUUCUGUUCGUGGUGGGGUAUAAGAUUUGGAAUAAGACUAAGAUCGUUAAGUUGGAGGAGAUGGAUAUCUGGACGGGCAGGCGAGAAGUGGUGGAUUAUGGGGAGGGGACAAAGCCGAAGACUUGGAGGUCUCGAGUGAAGAACGUGAUUGUGGGAUAG